AAUAGUUUUAAUAUCUCUCUCUCUUCCUCUCUCUCUCUCUGUUUCUUUCAUCAUUUAGUAGGAGGAAACUAUAACCGAUGGAGGAGACAAGAGAAGGGCUUCUUGAUUUUGAUGAUUAUGUACCUCCUUUCAGAUUACUCCCAUCCAGGCUCAGAUCUAAAUUGCUUCAGCAUAUCUAUGGUCGGAGAGGAACGGGUUGCUUCAACUCGGGCAAUCCCAAGAAGCAGAUUAGAGAUCUUCAAAAAAUUAUAGACUUUUUAAACAAGUCGAUUGAAGAGUUUGCAAAAGUUGAGAAAGAGUACGUGGACUUGGCUGCAGACACAUCCAGAAAGCUUGAGGCACUUAGCAAAUCCAAAUCCAGAGAGAUUGAGGUAUUUGGCAAAGCCGUGUAUGAAUCCACAAAAAUGUUACUUUUGAAAUGUGAGGACGUAGCUGAUCGUGGUGCUAGUUACCAUGGCUAUUAUGUGCGGGCUCUUCAUUUUGAAGUGGAGUACGUUCAAAGACUCCAAAAAAAACAGAUUGAAGCACUGCAGGAUGCAGAGUUCUUCACCGCCCAAAAGACUAGAAGAAGUCUAUUUUGUUUCUUCUUUUAACUUGUCCCUUUUCUUUUCAGUCUCUUUUUUUCUUCUAUCUCUUCUAGACUACCCCCACCAAUCCAUAGAUCAGUUAUGUAUGAAUGGUUUGUUUAAGUUAAUGAAUUAUUUCCUAUAAAUCUAUAAUAUGCCAAGUUGUUGCUGCUUAUUUA